AUGAAGAUGAAAAAACAUGACGGCAUUGUUUAUGAACUUAAAGAAGUCCUGAAUCCCUCUCCUAACGUUACAAAUUGUUGCAAAUCACUGUGGGUGAAAUACAGUUUUCAGAAGGCGUGCAUGACCCAGCUUGUCAGCUCCCAGCCUGUUUCAGCCAUGUCAAGGAACCCAGGCCACAAUCCACCUUCCCAGCCCAAGGAGAACAGCAUCGGCCAGAACCUUCACCAGGAGGAAAUAGUCCACAAGUUGGCCAUGCAGCUGAGACACAUUGGGGACAGCAUCAAUUAUAGGAUGGUUCAAGAGGGUUUUCAACAGGAAGGCAGAAUUGCACUGGCUCAUUUUGCCUUAUUUUUCUUCAGAAGAGUUCAUGUAUUACUGCGGCUUUUCUGGAAUAACCAUUUGAUGUGA